UAUUUUACCACCGCAUUCUCCUUCCCCCAUUGAUCAUCCCGCGACUACAACGGUCCAAUUCCUACUCUCGCAACCGCGGAUACUCGCGUUGGAAAGCGGGAGAGCCCGUUCAGUUUGAAAUUUAAAAGAAGAAGCGCUGAAACUGAGAAAGCCAAAAAUUCAAAUCGGAUUUUCGGGAAAACCAAGAAGAAGAAGAAGCGUCUUGAUUCUCUCUCUGCAAUCUGCAUCGAUCUCUUUAUAUCCUCUAGGUCUCUCUCGGUUCCCAAUUUCGCAUUGGGCAUGUUUAGUGGUGAUUGCUCCAGAAAUGGAUUUCUACGCGAUGAAGAGGAAGGAGCUGCAAGCGCUGUGCAAGAAGCAUGGGAUUCGUGCCAAUAUGAAGAACACAGAAAUGGCCGAAAGGCUUACCUUGCUUCUUAAGGAAGAUGAAAAUUCGAUAACAGAAGCUAAGCCGGUGGAGAAACAGUUGGAAGCAACUGAAAUGGUGAUUGAUUCGGUUGAAAGUCAGAAAGCUAAGAAAGUGAAGUUCAGUCCUGACAAUGAAACCUUUUACUUUGUGGCUACUGACAAAGACUCGGACUCGGAUUGUGAGUACAAACCAAAGAAGCGGGGCGGAAGAAGGAAGUCUAUGGGGAAGAAGGUUUCGGAGAAGAAGGAAGUUUUGGAUGUGGUUGAAAAUGCAAGAGAAGUUGAAGUAGUGGAAAUUAAGGACACCCCUGUUAGUGUUACGAGGUCUCGAAAGCAAAAGGUGGUUGCAGGAGCUGUGGAGUCUGUUUUUUUGCCUGGUCAUGGGCAGAAGAAAGUGACAAUUGGUGCAGAAAAUGUUGAUGGGAUAGGUAUUAAACCUGUAAGAGUCCAGAAGGAAUGUAAAGCAGUUGUGCUCCAUAAGGGAAAGGAGGUUGCAGGAGAUGAUGCUAGAAAAAGAACAAGGAACGAAAAUACAGAAGCCGCUUCCCAAGUGGUGCCAAGUGAAGUUUUCUUACCUAAACCUCCUUUAAGGAGGUCCAGACGAAAAACCACAUUUUCUUCUGUGGCUUGUGCUGAGAAGGAGUUGGGAAUUUGUGAAGCUGUUGAGACCGUGAAACUAGCAAGAAAGCCGGUUACUAGAAAGAGUUCUAAUGCUGCUAAACCUGGAAGGAAGUCUGGUAGGAAUGCUUGUAAAAAUGUACAAGCAGAAACCUGUGAUGACAUAACUGCAACUGCUGAGGAAAUGGAUGGGCUUAUGCAGGAAAUCCAAGACCCGUCACUGAUAGAGGAGAGUUCAUUAGUUGUGUACGAGUCAUUGGAUAGAUCUCCGGUGCUGCAGAUGGGCAAGGAACUGGAAAGAGAUGUUACUAGAAAAAGGCCAAGGAAUAAAGACUUUGGAGGGGAUUCCAAAGUUGAGCCUGGUUUGGAAAAUGUACUUCCACCCAAGGCUCAUUCAAGGAGAUCUAAUAGCAAGACUGCAUUAUUGACAGAAAGUAUGCCUGCUGAAAAUAAUUCACCACUUGAAGAACGAAAGAUGGAUGUUGCAUUGGAAAUACAGGAACCUGCAGGAAAUGAAAAUGAAACUGAUUCUUGUUUCAACAAAGCUGUAGAAAAGUCAAGAAAGAAGAGGAAGGGAUCAAGCAAGAAGACAGAAUCUGCCACAAAGGAUCAGCCAGUUAGUUUGGCAGCAUCUACUGUAUAUUCGGACAUUGAGAAAACCACAGAUAUUUUGGCUCAUCUGAACGGAAAUCGGGUUGUGGAAUCUGUGAACUUUCAAGGGACCUCUAUGUUACAUAAGGAACAGAAUGCUGCACAACCCAUCAUUAAUCAUAUCGAAAGUGUUGCUGUAGAAGUUGCCAUCUUCAGUAACUCUACUGUGGGUGUUAUGGAUGAUCCUUGUUUGUCUUUUAACAGAAAGGAUACUGAACAAGAAAACACAGUUGAACAAAACCCAGUAGCAUCUCCGGAUAAUCUCUGCAGCGUGGUGGUUUCUGCAAAUGCCGGUGUACGUGAUGUUCAGUCAUUAACCUAUCGAUCAGAAUGUGAAGGUCAAACUUCCAACUUAUUGGACUUGAAUGAAGGAUCAGAAUCAGAAGAGUCAUUGAUUGUUAAAUCCAUUAGUCGAAGAGGUGGUGUGCUGGAUGAUCAAUUGGCAAACGGGGUCAUAGCUAGUGUUUCCGAGGAUCAGAAAUCAAUUGACAAAAUAGUGAUGGUUCAAGUUGAUAUGGAUUCUAAAAAACCUGCUGAAGAGGCUGCAGAGACAGUUGGAGAAAUGCAUCUGGGUAGUAUCAUUCCCAGUGAUACAACUCCAAUAGAUUCUUCACUGGUAAAGCAAGUUGGGAAUGAGUUUCAAGCUCAAUGCGCUCUUGUUGAAGGAAUAAAUAUAAAUCAUAUUGGAACAAAUUUCUCUUCUACAUGUGUGUCUGAAGUCCCCGAUGAAACAACAUCUUCCUGGAAUGAAGAGAUACUAUGUAAUCAUGAUAGCACAAAAGAAGUUAUGCCAGCAGAUAAUGAAUCCGUUAAGGCAUUAGAUAGUGCCCAAAUGAUACCAAUUGUUACUGAAGAGGUUCUUCAUCAGGCUAUUGAAAGAAACUCAAAUUUUGAUGAAAGUGUUCUUCUGGAUUCACAUAACACAGAUGGUCAGGUUGCUGAAGUUCAAUUUCCUGAAAUCUCAGAUGUUACUGAAGACAUUGAAGAGAAAUAUGAGAAUGAAUCUUCUUAUGGUGAGAGGACGGAAGAAGUUGUGCCAGCCGAUAAUGAAUCUGUUGAGGAAUUAUAUAUUGCUCGAACUUUACCAACCGGUAUUGAAGAGGUAAAUGUGGGUAUUGAAAAAAGCUCAAACUCGGAUGAGAGUGCCCUUCCUGAUUCAAACAACACAGAUGGUCAGGUUGCUGAGGAUAAAUUCUCGAAGGAAAGCAUUGUCAAUGCCAGUGAAGAAAUUAAAGAGAAAUGUGAGCAUGAAUCCUCAAAUGGUGAUAGAAGUCCAAUCACCCUAGCAGAAAGGAUGGAUAAAGUUGAAAGUGGCACAAUCCCUGUAGUUUUAAAACCUGAUGGUGAUGCCCAAAACUCAUCUUCCUGUGGGGUCUCUUGUAGCAAUGAUGAAUAUGAACAAGGGAACAAACUUAAAGCUCAAGGCAUACAUCUCUGUGAAGAAGUUGAGGGUUUGUUGCAUGGAAGCAAGUACCAGAAUUUAUCUUUUGAUGGGAAAAUAGUUGUGAAUGAUCAGAUAGCGGCACUCACUAUGAAUUCAAAUCUUGAAUGUGCGAUGGAUGCUGUGGAGGUUGAAAAUGAGAGAAAAUCUUUGAAAGGUCUGGAUAUAGUGGUGUCUGUAGAGAGUGAAGGUGGAGUGAGAACAUCACAAUCUGCUCUCCCACCAGAUUGCAUGAACACUGGUGAUUCUUACUUGCAUAGGGAAAGAAAGGCUUCAUUUGCUACAGAUGAACUGACAUACAAGGAUGAAAAUGCUAGUAUUAGUGAUAAUAUCAGGACCCUUGGUGGGGGUAUUGAGAAGAGAAUGAUGGGGAGCAAAGCUGAUAUGGAGGACUAUGUCACUUAUAGAGAAAAUAAUAAUAUUGGCAACUGCUUGACUGAAGGAGAUCGAUACUGCAGCAAGGGUGACAAAAACAAUCAGAAAGAAAAGGAGAAUGUUGAUGAGGAUCUAGGAGAUCGAUACUGCAGCAAGGGUGACAAAAACAAUCCGAAAGGAAAGGAGAAUGUUGAUGAGGAUCUAGACGAUGAGUGUCUUGAUGUGAAUGCAGCUUUUCAAGAAGAUGAGGAAAAUAAAGAAGGGGCCUGUAAAGUUGAAGAAAUGUUGGAUGCUAUGCCUGAUUUGAGUAUGGAUAAAAAUGCAACUUCCAAGGAACAUAGUCAAGAACUACUUGAUAUCCAGAAAGGGGUUGCUGAACAAGAUGUAGGUGAACAUUCUGAUGGGCAAGUGGAGGUUAAGCACAGUGAGAAUGCAAUGGAUGCUGGGGACGGCAAAGACAUAGUUGAAAAAUGUGAUCAACAUGCCGAAGAGUCUAUUUUGGAAGAUAAUGAAAGACUAAAAGAGAAAGACAUUGUAUCUGUUAUGAUACAAGAGUAUGUAGAUGGCGAGAAAGAAAGGAAUGAAUAUUUAGAGGUCAAGAAUCCUAAUGUAUACAUCCACGAAGAAAGCUUUUCUGAAACUGUUACAGAUCAGAUCGCAAAUGAAGUUAUAGAAUUCGAAUCACAAGAUAAAGUGAACUUUGGAAGUCCUGACAAUUGCAAUCAAAUAUCCUCAGAGGUGGAAAAAUGUGUUUCAGCAGCUUCAAGUGACUCCAUAUCUAGGGAUGACAAAACUGCAGAAACGAUAGCAUAUGCAUGGAAGAUGGGUGAAGAUUCAAGUUCUAAGGAUAUCCGAGGAGGAGAAAGCCUUUCCUUUUCCAUCAGCUCUGAUGGCCAUAGACACAAUAAUGAUGCAGCAGACAUAACUGGUCCUGGAGGCAUGGAAGUUAGUAAGGAGAAUAAUGUGGAUAGAACUAAGAUGGUUGAGCAAAAACUGAUUGGUGGCAGUCUACUGGAAGCAAGGAGCACGUCAGUUGUGAAAUCAGUUUCUGAUGUCUCUUGGAACAGGCUCGAGUGCGACCUUGGUUAUUCUUUGCACGAUGCUGUAGCAUGCAAGGAUCCUGAAAGGAAGAAUAUGCAUAUGCUAGUUGGUGACAAUGCUAGCACAGAUGGAUUCGGAAUGCUGGAAAGUGUCGCAGGUGAGAAGGUUGAUGAAGGUUUAGAUACUGGCAUAUAUGGUUCUGAGGAAGAAAACCACACACUAAAUUCCAAAGAGACUGAGGAAAUACUUGAUCUCCAUAAUAUUGGUACUGUGGCCACCUGUUUUGCUGAUUCCACCGAAGCCUCAAUGCUAAAACCUGAAAUGGGUGUUGAUUCUCCAGUUUCUGCUUCUAAUUAUGAAAACAAAGCCUUGGAAUUAGAGGCUGCCUCACCCAUAUUGAAUAGUUUUGGGAUGAAAGGACUUUUCAAAGAUGACCAAACUUCUGGACUCGAAAAAGCUGAUUCCACCGAACCCUCUAUGCUAAAAUCUGAAAUGGGUGUUGAUUCUCCAGUUUCUGCUUCGAAUUAUGAAAACAAAGCCUUGGAAUUAGAGGCUGCCUCACCCAUAUUGACUAGUUUUGGGAUGAAACGACUCACAGAUGACCAAACUGCUGGACUCGAAAAAUCAGGUCUCGAGAUGUCAAAAGGCAAUUCAAAGAGUGAAUAUAUUGAGGAUGUGAAUAAUUUAAAAGAAAGUAUUGAUAAUUCACAAGUUGUAGAGGAACUUCAUCAUCAGGUCGGGGAAGUUGUGGAGUCGAAAUCCGCUAAGGAAAUGUAUAACCAUUGCCCUACUGGUUCUGCUAUUAUGGAUACUAAUGUGCAUAUUCCAAGUUUUUGGGAUGAGUCAACAGAAGUAGAACCAUGCCUUGAUAAUGCUUGUGCCAAACCUCAAACGUGUAAUGCUGCUGCCAUUGCCUCAGAGUUUAAUAGUUCUUCAUCUCUUGGAGAUCUAUGUGAAUUAAAAGAGUUUAGUAAUGCUGACAGUGAAAGUGCAAAAGAAAAGGUGGCGACUGAUGAUUGUUUGGGAGAUCAACCAUCAGAAAAUUUGGGAGUUUCGGAAGACCUAGAAGCUCAUACAAUGAUUGGUAACGUAAUGGUGAUAAAUGAAGCACCAAGUUCCAAGGAUUCUACUUUUGAUGAACAGAGUAAAUGCAAUCUUUGUGAUGAUGUACUGGUUGAUGGCAGUAGAGACAAUAAUGUUGUUGCAGACAAAGUUAGUACUGGAAGUAUGGAAGCAAUAAUCGGUAUUAAGAAUGUUGGUGAUGGAAUUAAGUCGGUAGAAAAAACCCUGCAAACAUUGGAAGGUGACCAUCUUUCGGAAGAAAGAGACUCUUCAUAUGGCAAAUCAUUUUCUGAUAUUUCUCAAAGCAGGAAUGAAAGUGAUUCUACUUUCUCCUUGCACAAUGUUCCAUUCUGUUGCGGUGUUUUCAAAAAGAGACAUCUGUCUGUGCAAGAAGGUAGAGGCUUGAAGGCAGGAAGAGUCUCAGGCUUGAAGUUUGAAGGUGUAAAUGCUGGCAUAGAUGGUUUUGCUGAUACUCCUGCUACUGCUUCAAGGCAUGAAAUUAAGGCCUUGGAGAAUGUAGCCUCGCCUGUAGUCAACAGUCUUGGGAUGGAUUGGCUAUUUGGAGACAAUGAUGAAGUUAAGAAAUCAGAUGCAGAGAUGUCAAACGCCAAUUCAACUAGUGAAGAUGUUAAGAAUGGGAAUGGAGGUGUAGCUAUUCCACAAGUUGGUGCCGGGGAACUUGGAGAGCAUAAUCAUCAACCAAUAGAAGUUGGGAAAAUGAAAUCCACUCAGGAAUUGGGUAUUCAUUGCCGCCCAUGUUCUCCUGUUACAGAGAUCUCUAGUCAUGCAAAACUGGAUUCAUUCAGAGAGAAAGCUCUGGAGGCAAAUUUGGAGAGAAGUAUUAGUGUUUCUACUGCACCUAGUUGGAAGAAGAACAGAGAUAUUUUUAUCCCUAGAACUCCAAAGAAUCUUAUCAAUAAGUCUGAUAUGAAGGAAAACUUCAAUGCCAGAAAGAGUGAACCAGUAACAAACAUCAGUUCAGUGAAACCUCUGCAUAGCAGACGAGCACUGGAGGAUCUCCAAAAUAAGUGCUGAGUGAGCCAGAUUACACCAAGAACCAUACGUGCAAGUACAGAUUAAAUCAUUGGGGAAAAGAAACCCCCAUAAAUUCAGUGUAGUCUGCAUAAACAUACCUGCCUCUGUGUUUCUUCCUUCAAUUCCCUAAUUUUUCAUUCUGUGUUGAUCAUUAGUCACCCUUUUUGCAUGAACUGCAAUGCUAACUGCUUCUGAAUGUGGGUGAAGCCAUCGGCCCAUCGUGUACUACACUUUGGAUUCUGCAGUUCUCCCAUCUUUUCUAAAUCUAUUUUUAUUAUUGUUUGUGUUUUCCCAUACCAACCCUUUCACAUGUAUUC